AAUAUCGAAAUUUAAUCUCUUAACUUCACUAAAAUUCUCAAUUUUUUCUCUGGAUUCGAGGUUUUGGACAAAGGAAAAGGAGAAAUUGUAUGGAUUCAUCUGAGUUACCCUCGAGAAAUUCUGUCGAGCAAGAAGAGACUUCCAAAUUAGUGUGUCAGGAAAGAGAGCUGAUGGCAAAGGAAUGGACAGACGAGAAACACUGCUUGUUUCUCAAAUCUAUGGAAUCAACAUUUGUCAGCCAGCUAUACAAGUCAAUAGAGAUGUUUGGCUUGCAGUCUCAUACAAGCUCUUCAUCGCGAUCAAAACCUCUCAAGCAAAAGCAGACGAGCACCCGAACUACUGGACAGUUUAAGGUUCACCGAGAUGGAUUUUGGUCUAAAGUCGACUUCCAAAAGGAUGAAUCUGAACAUGACCAAAGAGAGGAAGGUAAAGUUCCAUUGUCAAGUCCCUGGAUCCAGCGCUAUCGGAACUCAAAAAUACAGGCAACCAAAAGGUGUCCAUCUUCGUCUGCUAAGGCUCCUUCAGCAACAACACAUACGAGCAACUUGUCACCUUCACGUGAAAAUGACAAUGGCGAUAAUAUAGAGAUGUCAGAUCAGAACUUCAACGAUGAAGCUGUUACAGAAGAGCUGUCUGCCAAGAUAGUCGAAUACGAAGACAAUGAGAAGCCAUGAUCAAGUAAUUACUUGCUCUCCUAUCAUCUGCAUAAAACACACUCUGGCAACACAAAUUCCAAAUCAUUCCCUCUAGUUGUUCCCAAUGGCACUACCAUUCGAGCUAACAACAUCGUGGAAGGCCAUCCGCACAAACCUCUCGAAGACUAGAAUGCUGAUGUAGUUUAGAUAGACCCAAAACCAGAGGAUCCUAGUAUUCUGAUUGAAACAAUUAAAACCUAUGACUCCAUGAAAAAAGAGUUGACAUGUGGAGAAGGGUGCCGGAAUCUGCACUAGUUAUGUGGAGUAGAUUAUUUUUGUAAGCUGUCAAAGCAGUGGCAGACUGCAGCUAUCCCAUUACUUGGGUUUAGAAACAAUCCCAGAUUUUAUUCUUUAUUA